UGAAGGGCUCAAGUAUACCAUUAAAUGUAUCCAGUGCCAGUUGAUUUGUUUCUUGUUUAAUACUUAUCUUUUACAUUCAAGAUAUAAAGUAAUAUUGUAAUUCCUUUCUCCUCUGCACAGUUUUGAGAGUGAUAACUUAAGAUGGUUGAAGCCCUGAAUAAACGGGAGACAUGGAGUUCGAAGUUCGACUUUAUUCUGGCUUUGAUGGGGUUUUCUAUCGGCCUUGGAAAUGUUUGGCGGUUUCCUUACCUGUGUUUUAAAAAUGGCGGAGGUUGCUUUCUCAUUCCUUACCUAAUUUGCCUGGUUGUGGCCGGUGUUCCGGUUUUGAUUAUGGAAAUCGGUUUGGGACAGUACACGAGUGAAGGCGGGAUCACUGCAUGGAAGAUCUGUCCUCUUUUUCAAGGUAUUGGCUACGCAGGCGUGUUAGUCAUGCAGUAUAUCAAUAUUUACUACACGGUGAUUUUGGGUUGGGCCCUGUUUUACAUGUUUGCGUCCUUUCAGUCAAGGCUUCCUUGGUCACAUUGUGGAAAUGAAUGGAACACUCCAAACUGUGUGGAUUACAGCGAAAAUGGCACUCAUUCCGGAAUGCACAAGAACCAUUCAAUAGCAAAUAAGGUGUCUGCAAGCCAGGAAUAUUGGGACUACAGAGUUUUACGACUAUCUGGCGGUUUGAGUGAACCAGGUCAAGUGAACUGGGACCUAGCAUUGUGUCUGUUGUUGGCUUGGAUCAUUUGUUACUUAUGCGUGUGUAAAGGAGUCAAAUCCAGUGGAAAGUCAGUCAUGCAGGAAAUAAAUGGUUCUGCUGCAGUAGCGGAACAUUAUUCGAGUUGCUUUCUCAUUCCUUACCUAAUUUGCCUGGUUGUGGCCGGUGUUCCGGUUUUGAUUAUGGAAAUCGGUUUGGGACAGUACACGAGUGAAGGCGGGAUCACUGCAUGGAAGAUCUGUCCUCUUUUUCAAGGUAUUGGCUACGCAGGCGUGUUGGUCAUGCAGUAUAUCAAUAUUUACUACACGGUGAUUUUGGGUUGGGCCCUGUUUUACAUGUUUGCGUCCUUUCAGUCAAGGCUUCCUUGGUCACAUUGUGGAAAUGAAUGGAACACUCCAAACUGUGUGGAUUACAGCGAAAAUGGCACUCAUUCCGGAAUGCACAAGAACCAUUCAAUAGCAAAUAAGGUGUCUGCAAGCCAGGAAUAUUGGGACUACAGAGUUUUACGACUAUCUGGCGGUUUGAGUGAACCAGGUCAAGUGAACUGGGACCUAGCAUUGUGUCUGUUGUUGGCUUGGAUCAUUUGUUACUUAUGCGUGUGUAAAGGAGUCAAAUCCAGUGGAAAGGUUGUGUACUUCACUGCUACAGCUCCAUAUCUGCUAUUGACCGCCAUUCUGAUUCGUGGAGUGACAUUGCCGGGAGCCAUUGAUGGAAUCAAGUUUUAUCUUACUCCUGAUCCGUCAAGACUUUCAGAUGGCCAGGUCUGGAUCGACGCCGCGACUCAAGUGUUUUUCUCAUACUCUCUUGGUAUGGGGACCAUGACAGCGCUUGGUAGCUACAACAAAUUUAAGAACAACUUUUACAGGGACUCCAUAAUAUUUACAUGCUGCAAUAGUGGAACAAGCUUCUAUGGCGGAUUUCUGAUCUUCUCUGUGCUGGGAUUUAUGGCAAAAAAUCAAGGGGUGGAAGUGAAGGACGUCGCUAAGUCAGGUUAUAAGAACACUUGUCAUUUACUAACCGUUACCGGCCUGCGACGCAUGCUAUUCCGUGAUCAGACUCAGAAGAAUUUUAAUAUUUUCUCAAAUCUUUGCUACUCAGGAAAGCGGUUUAAGUUUUUUUCCUUACCUAAGGUGUCCCUUGUUUGUCUGUCGAUUGAUAAUUCUCUUACAGGUCCAGGACUUGCCUUCAUCGUUUAUCCAGAAGCGGUUGCUCAGAUGCCUUUAGCUCCGUUAUGGUCUGCUUUGUUUUUCUUCAUGUUAAUCUUGCUUGGUCUUGACAGUGAGUUUGUAGGCAUCGAGGGCGUCGUGACGGGCGUUGUUGAUUUGUUUCCGCAAUAUCUGAGGCGUGGCCAUCGCAAGGAAAUGUUUACCGCCUUUAUCUGUUGCAUCUGGUUUCUACUCGGGUUGUCCAUGGUUACUGAGGGUGGUAUGUACGUGUUCCAAUUGUUUGACGCAUACUCUGGCAGCGGAUCAGUUCUGUUGUUGGUGGUCAUCUGCGAAUGUGUUGCCAUAGGAUGGUUUUAUGGACGUCGUCGUUUCUAUGACAACUUUGAAAGCAUGCUGGGAUUUCGAAUCAAUCCAUGGAUCGGCUGGUGCUGGUGUUUUCUUGCGCCCAUUUUUUGUUCGUUUAUUUUCGUCUUUAACCUUGUGACGUAUUCACCACUCAAAUUCGGCGACUACGUGUACCCAGGUUGGGGCCAGGCGAUUGGUUGGCUGCUGAUGGUAUCCUCGUUAAUUCUUAUUCCUGCGGUGAUGAUAUACAAGCUGUUCAAGACUACUGGAAGUAUCAAAGAGGUGAACACCUGCAGUAAUUUACAUGAGUAGUAGGCUUAACUUCGGCAUAGUUAAUAAAGGGAAAUGGUUAGGAAGGUAAACAUCAAAGAAAUUAACAAACAAACAGGCUAAAAUUUGUGUUAAAGGUCCAUGACACUACACAUCUUUUGUUUUAUGCUCAUAGACUAUGCAUGAAUAAUCGCGAUGCUUCGAUUGGUUAGUUUUAUGAGCACACAUAACCACCUUUGGUAUUUUGCCAGUUUUUGUGCAGGGUCAACGUCCAAAGUAGCCAAAAAAAACAAAAACUGUGUUAGUGCUCGACCAGUUGAAAGUCAGUCGAUUAACAAUGCCCCUUCCAGUUUGGAUAAGGAAAAGAAAAGAAAACAACAAACAAAUAAAAUUGGAGAAGAAACGUUCUUCCCAAUAUAUCAGCUUUGGGUAGCAUUUCUAGCACGUUUUUAUGUAGUCGUCUGUGUUGAAUUUCGUGACUAAUGAGUGAUAAUGAAUAAAUGAAUUUAGCUUGUGAGACGCAGAAGAGGGGGAGAUGGGGGAAUGUUCCAUGGAUCUGUAAAGGAAGGGUACUUAAAUUGGAGGAAGUGGGGUGGGGAGAAAGUGGCGGAUGAAAAUGAGGAGGAGGAGGA